AUGGCAUGUAGCUGCUUCGAGGCAUUGAGAAGGCCGUCCUUGCCACUUGUGGUGGGAUCGCAACUUCACUCAAGCUUGGCAAAGUGCGGGCAUGAUGCAGAGGAUGUGGCAGAGGUGCUGUGCAACCCGCGAAUUAAAAAGGCGGACUUAGCGAAACAUGUUGACCAGCUUCCGGCGAGUCUGAAAGAGAACAUUUUGUCACAGCUGGCGGCCUUUGACGACGAUCCAGAAGUUGAAAAAACACUGGAGGCACUGACGUGUUCCACGGCAAGGGCAGGUUGGACAGUUGCAUUCCACUCUCCGAGUCACACGGACAGAGAAGCACGGUAG